AUGUUUUCCGCCACGACUUUGGCACUCUCCACGUUAGCAGCUUACCUCAUCUCCAUAACAACUUACAGGGUCCUCUUCCACCCUUUACGCGACAUUCCUGGUCCCUUCUUUGCACGCUUCAGUAAACUAUGGCUCGCAUGGCACGUCCGAAAAGGACAAUCGCACGUCCACUUCCCCAAACUACACGCGCGAUACGGGCCUAUUGUGCGCAUAGCACCCGACCAAGUCCUAGUGUGUGACGAAGACGCCAUCAAAACCGUUUAUGGAGCAGCGACGUCGUUCACGAAAGGGGAUUGGUACCGCAUAGCUGGCGCACCUGACAAAGGCCGGAAACCUGCUGAGGACGUUCUCGAUCUGCUGACGGAAACGAACAUGGAGAAGUAUCGCAGGCAAAGAAGAGCCAUCGGACCUGCCUAUAGCAUUGCGGGGUUGGAAAAGCAUGAGGGGUUACUUGAUGCCUACAUCAAUCAGUUCGUUGGCAGGCUGAAAGAGUUCGGAGGGAAAGAGGUAGAUCUUGCGGAAUGGACCCAUAUAUUCGCCUUGGAGUCUAUGAGCCAGUUCACUCUUGGCAAGAGACCAGGAUACACGGAGAAAGGCAGUGACGAAGGGAACGGAGAUGCCAGCGAUGCGUUAUGGCAAUGCUUCACUGUGAUUGGCAUCUUCCCAGGCUUCGUAAAGCUGAUGCAUGCGAUACCGAAAGUCGGCAUGUUGCUCGUUCUGCCCGCGUCCCUACUGCUAGGUGUUCGACUACCGAAGGUUUGGCCCGUCUUCAGCUUCUCUGCUCCGACCAUCAUGCAGAGAUUGAAAGCACUGGACAGUACGAGGGGCGUCAAGUUUCCUGGGGACCGACCAGGUCUCUUUCACGAUCAAGGGACAGAUGUUAAGCCAUUGGAGCAACAGGGAGACGGCAUUGAAGAAACGGAUAUGAUGGCUACCUUGAUGCGUCUGCAUCAUGACAAAGAGGCGCGUUUCCCUCCUCCGUGGGUUCUCUCGAUAGCUCUUACCAACUUCGGCGCCGGACACGAUACGCUCAUGUUCACUCUGUCUUCGGUCAUUUACCAUACGUAUCAAUCGCCAGCCAUUCUCACCCGUUUACGCAAAGAUAUGGAAAGUCAGGGCGUUACAAAGGAUACCAAAUACUCGGAGAUGAUCCAGAAGGUACCGCUGUUCCUUGCCGUUGUGAAAGAAAGCAUGAGGAUCUGGCCUACGCUCGGAUGGUACAUCCCUCGCCUCGUGCCCGCUUCCGGGGCUACACUAUGCGAUACCUACCUUUCACCCGGGACUACGGUCGGGACUAACCUCUGGGCUUCACACUUUGACCCGGAGGUCUUCGCAGAUCCAAAUGAGUUUGACCCCGAUAGAUGGCUUUCUGGUGGUAGUGAGGACAAGAUGAAGGAGAUUGGCAGAAUGGACAGUAUGUGGAUGGGAUUCGGGGGUGGAGGUAGAAGCUGCCCUGGACAGCAUCUCGCGAGGUUCUUCGUUGUCAAGACAUUGGCUCGUUUGGUUAUGGAAUGCGAUUUUGAGGUGACAGGAGAGCCGGAUAUUGGCGGUUGGUUCCAGUGCACGAUGAAGGGCGUUGGGAUGAGUGUCAAGGAGAGGAAGAUGUAA